CUCAAGAUGUCCUGGAACACGCGGCCAUGCUGCUUCCUAAGCUUCCAACUUUACAGACGUUACUCUUAGCCCUGGGCCAGUCUUGGGAGUCUGUUUUAUUAUUCUUUUUUACUGGCUCUCUCGUAAUUCAGAAAGAAGAUUAUAAAUGCCAGAGCCGUUUAACCGAUGGUUUAGCUGUUGAAUUCUGACACUUCUUGUGCCACCCUGUUCGUUGUGAAAUUUUCAGAAAAAAACACUUGUAUAUCUAUCUACAUUGGCUAUGGCUAUCCCAAUAACAGUGCUUGACUGUGAUCUCUUGCUGUACGGCAGAGGUCACCGGACCUUGGACCGUUUUAAGCUGGAUGAUGUGACUGAUGAAUAUUUGAUGUCCACGUAUGGAUUUCCACGACAAUUCAUUUACUACUUAGUGGAACUCUUGGGGGCAAGUCUUUCUCGACCUACUCAGCGAUCUAGGGCUAUUAGCCCAGAAACUCAGAUCCUGGCAGCAUUGGGCUUCUAUACCUCGGGCUCCUUCCAGACUCGGAUGGGAGAUGCAAUUGGAAUCAGUCAAGCCUCCAUGAGCCGGUGUGUUGCCAAUGUCACUGAGGCCCUCGUGGACAGGGCCUCACAGUUUAUUCACUUUCCAGUGGAUGAGGCCGCCGUCCAAUCUCUGAAGGAUGAGUUCUGUGGACUGGCAGGGAUGCCAGGAGUCAUAGGGGUGGUUGACUGUAUCCACGUGGCAAUCAAGGCACCGAAUUCUGAAGACCUCUCUUAUGUGAACCGCAAGGGUCUGCAUUCUUUGAACUGUCUGGUGGUGUGUGACAUCAGAGGGGCACUAAUGGCUGUGGAGACACGCUGGCCAGGUAGCCUCCAGGACUGUUCUGUGCUCCAGCAGUCUUCUCUAAGCAGUCAGUUUGAAACUGGGAUGCAUAAAGAUAGCUGGCUUCUUGGAGACAGUUCCUUCUCUCUCCGCACCUGGCUCAUGACUCCACUUCGCGUUGCUGAAACCCCAGCAGAGUAUCGCUAUAACAGGGCCCAUUCUGCAACCCACAGUGUGAUUGAGAAGACUUUGCGAGCCCUCUGCUCGAGGUUCCGGUGCCUGGAUGGAUCGAAGGGAGCACUGCAGUACUCGCCAGAGAAAUCCAGCCACAUCGUCUUGGCUUGUUGUGUCCUUCAUAACAUUUCCCUGGAACACGGGAUGGAUGUUUGGUCCUCUCCAGGAACUGGACCCAUUGAACAGUCACCUGAGGGUGAGUGUGAGCAAACGGAGUCCCUGGAUUUGGAGGCUGACCGGAUCCGGCAGGAACUAAUGCUCACUCACUUCAGCUAGUGUGGAGGGUGGAAGAGGAGACUUUCCCCUUAUCAGCCCAUCACCAGGUUCUGGCAUCCAGUGAGACUGAAUGUGCACACUUGCCAUAAAUUAACAUUCAAUGUUUUAGAAGGGCAGGAGGUGGGGGAAGGCAUGCCAGCAAAUGUGUCAGUCAACUAGGCUGACACAAGACAGGGUUUCCCUGAUGUGCAGGGAGGCCAUGCUGGGCACCACUCUUCACUGCUCUCUGGCUGCAAUGUAAAACCGUAGUAAAGGAGAACAGCACAUAACCAAA